ACUAAAAAACUUCUUUGUUCCAAUGGCGAAAAUCUACGGAAUUGAAUUCUAUGGUGAUGAAAUCGAAGUGACUGUCACGAACAAUGCCGUUGUUGUUAAUGACUGGAUUCUGGAAAUUGUGCAUGUCCAUCGCCGGAGUCUCCACAAGCUUCUCGUUGGUCUCGAUAUCGAGUGGCUCCCUUGUUUCAACCCGGAGGAAAAUCACCCGGUUGCUCUCCUCCAGCUCUGUGUAGGACGACGUUGCUUACUAUUCCAACUCCUCCACAAAGACGCAGUUCCAGGAUUCCUCGCGAAGUUCCUUGGAGAUCCGAAUGUCAUGUUUGUUGGAGUCGGGGUUAAAGGAGACGCAGAGAAAUUGCUUCGUGAUCAUAAGUUGUUUGUGGCGAAUACUGUGGAUUUGAAUCGAUUGGCAUUGUCGUUUUACGGAGAGGAAGUGUAUGGGAAGAUGGGAUUGAAGAGAAUGGCGAAAGAGGUGCUUGGGAAAGUAAUGGAGAAGCCAUUGAAUGUUACAUUGAGUAAAUGGGAUGCAGAGGAAUUAGUGUAUGAACAAGUUGAAUAUGCUGCUAUUGAUGCUUUUGCAUCGUUUGAGAUUGCAAGGAAUUUGUUUAAUUUAGUGAGGGAAAGAGAGCGAGAGAGACGCCCUUGUGUUGUUGUUAAGAGGCAAUAUUUGAAUAGUCAUUAUCAACCGCCAUUGUUGCUGCUACAAGAUACACACGGGAUGUUUCAAAAACUUGCUCUGUUUCGAACAUGAAAUACAAUAGUAGAAAGUGAGAGCAACUUUGGAUAUUUGUUUCCAUUUUUUUUAGAAUCUUUGUAAUAGUAACAGUUCGUUUAUUGUUUAACCUCUUUCCCGUUUCUUGAAAAUUGAUUGUACAUGCAUAUUGUUAUUGAGGAAACAUCAUAUAAGAAGUCAUUUGCAACAA